GAUAUUGAGACGCCUUAAAUCAAGCAAUCAACCAAGUCUUCUGACCGCUACGUUUGAGCUUUGAAGUUUGAACAACGACGGGUCGAUCGCAUGCAUGGAAAACAAGAUACGGGCUAUAUCCUUUAUGAGGGUACCGUUCGGGCCUCUCCAGUAAACGGAGCCUCGGGAGCCUCCUCGACAGCUUGGGGCCAUGUGCAGGUGGUGGUGCAGUGGUGUCAGCCCGCCGCCGAUGCUGCUGAGACGGGCUCAGUAGGCUUCUCGAAUGCGCAAGGUCGUGUGGUGGAGCUCGAGUGGGUUUCGGCUGAGGAGGAGGCCAAUGCGGCAGACACGCACCCGCUCCCCGCCGUUGUCCUCCCGGCCGGCCUGGCGCCGGGCUCAGCUGUAACGGUCGCCGCGCCAACCACAGCACCCGACGACGCUGGUGGCGCUAUGGCGCCAGCUAGCUGCACCACUGUUGAGGCGGGUGCGUGGCUCGGCACUCUUCGAGACGGCGUGCUUCGCCUGUCGGCUGCAGUCAGCGGCAACCCAGCAGCGGAUGACGCGAGUGGCGGGGGGCCCGCGCUUCAGCUGACGCUCGAGCUGGUUCCCCAGCCGCACCUGUUCCACAUUGCCCUGGCAUGCCGUGCGGACGAGGCGGGUGGGCUCCAGCAGCGGCUGCUGUGCCAGUGGCGGCAGCUGGUGCGGCCCAGCAAGCCGCUGCGCGUGAUUGACGCAUGCAGCUCGGCAGCAGCGCCCAAGAGUGCCGCCGCGGCUGCUACUGCUGUUGUGGCGGCGGCGGGGGCGGCGACUGGGGCAGCUGGCAGUAGCGGGGAAGAGUCCGUUGUCGCGCGCGUCGCGGCGUCAGGCAGUCUCCUUGUGCUGCUUAGCCCCGGCGUGUGGGCUUGCUCGGAGGUGCUUGCAGCGGUGCGGGCGGCUCAGGAGCGCGGGCUGGGUGUGCUGCUGUUGUUUCUGGCCGCUCCGGACGCGGCCAGCUGCCACGUGCCGUCGCCGCCUACACCCGCCUCGCCGCCCGCCGAGCUGUUCGAUCUGGCCCGCACGGCGGCGGUGGACUUGGGCCAGCUCAUAGGCACGGCGCCGGCAGAUUUCUCCAAGCUGUUCGAGGAUGUGGAGGCCAUUCCCUAUCGCAUGCAUCCGCACGCGGAGGAGGCGGCUGCACGGCACCUGGCGCAAAUGGGCGGCUGCGGUAUACGCCUGCGGCGGCCCGAGGCAGAGAGCGUGCUGCCGGCGUAUCUGGCGCCGCGCCCUGGCGCCGCGCCCCCGCCCGCCCCCCUGCGCCUGCCCUCUGCCCACCUACCUCGCUUCUACUACGAGGGUGUCGCCUACCACCGCCCGCCUGACGGGGGCCCCGUGCUGCUGCGCGGCUGGUACCAGGUGGAGGCGGAGUUCGAGGCGGAUGCGCGGCGCAUCCACCUGGACGUCUCGUACGAGCCCAAGGCGGGGCGCUCCAUGCCCAAGUACAAACACCGGAUGGAGCUGGAGUGGGAGGCGCAAGGGGCAGGAGGGGUGCUGCAGCUGGGCGAGGUCAAGCAGGGCAAAUACUGGGGCAGGUGGACGGGCGAGGCGGUGGGGGGCGAGGGCGGAGAGCUGCAGCUGACUGAGGAAGAAGACUUCAUUGUGCUGCGCCCGCAGCCCUUUUUCUACCAUUUCUACUUGGCUGGGGCGCCCGACGGCGCGGCCAGCCUGGGUGUGCGCCUUGCUUCGGGGCUGCACGAGCAGAGCAGCCCCGGCUGCCGCAUCCGGCUGUUUCGCAGCCUGGGGGCAUCAACGGAGGAGCGCGCGGCAGCACUGUCUUGCAGCGCGGCCGUGCUGGCGGUGCUGUCUCCGGGUGCUUGGUCAGACCCCGGCUUCGUGUCAGACCUGGAGCGUGCGGCGGCGCGGGGCCUGCCCGUGCUGUUCCUGUAUGACCCCGACCCACGCAUGGCCUCACACGUGGAGCUGUCCGCGUGUGUGGCUUCGGCGCCGCCCGGGCCCGUCUCCGCUUUGCUGCGGCGCUCGGACGUGAGCGCCCUGUACCGGCGCUGGUACGAGCAGGACGCCUGCCUGCAGCACCUCAUGCGGAGUGCCGGCUUUGGGCGCUGCGUGCACCUGCCCACCGACCACGACCAGUUCGUGUUCGAGCUGCACGAGGCGCGCUCGGACACGGCCAGCCUGCAGCUGAUGCGCGAGGGGCGAUGGCUGUACUAUGAGGGGCAGGCCGCGCGCGAGGGCAACGUGUGGGGCUGGUACCAGCUUGAGGCCAGGUUCCAGCCCGAGCUAGAUCUCAUCGAGUUGUGGGUGGAGUUUGAGUCCAAGCACACCAACUCCAUUCCGUCGUACAAGGCACGCUUCCACAUGCAGUGGGACACAAAAGACAACUCUGUCGUGGAGCGCGGCCUGGGGCGGUGGAAGGGGCACGUGGACGGCAUUGGCGGCGUGUUCUCACUGCGCAACAACUUCGGUGACGCCCUCACGUUUCGGCCGCAGCCCUUCAUCUGGCACUUCUUCCUGUCGCACGUGCAGCGCGAGAGCUCUGACUGCUGUGCGGCGCUGGCCCUGGCGCUGACCGAGCUGUCGGUGCGGGGGCGCCGCAUGCGGGCGUGGUACGACAACAAGGCGGGCGUCCUCACGAAGGAGGCAAUGCUGCUGGGGAUACGGCACUCGCACAUGUUCGUUGUCUUCCUCAGCCCAUCCACCUUCCUGAAGGCCAAUUGGGAGAUCCAGACCGCCCUGAGCCAGGGCAAGCGCACCCUUCUCAUCCACGACCCAGACCCCUCCUCCCGCAUCCACGUGGACUUGGCAGCGGCGCGGCAGGAGGCGCCCGAGGACCUGCGCCCAAUCUUCGACGGGCCGUGCCUGGCCUGGCCGGGCUUUGGCGGAGACGUGGACGGCGUGACACGGGAGCUGAUGGAAUUGGGGGGCUUCCAGGACUGGUUCAGGCCCCGAGGGCACGAGGAGAGCCAGUAGGAGCGGCAGGGCAAGAGGCGGGUGGUGGGUGGCGCGGCAGCAGUGUACCGCACGCCGAGCUAGGGAGCGCUACUGCUGGUGCGUUUCUUGAUCGCCAGUUUACGGGUUAUCCUGGAUGAGGCACGAGGCGUGUGGGAGGUUUUUGUGGGAGAGCGUUGGUGCAGCAACGGACGCGGUUGAGGAGUUCGGUAUGUGGGUGGAUGUGUGGUGUGCGGUACUGGGGCAUGCACUUGGUGGAGUUGUUUUAACACUCGUUUUCACAUUGGAACCGUGACUGUGCAGGAAACUUCACGAGGAACGUUUUGCAGUCAUAGAGUGCUUGAGGAGUCAUAGCUAUACAUAGCUAGCCAACAAAUGAACGCGUCUGGGUGAGGGCGAGAGCUGGUGCACUGUGCACACAUGUACCGUACGUGUGUUAGUGAGUAGAAAGAAGCAACGCGGAAACAGGACAUGUGUGCGUGUGUGUUUGUGUGUGUCACAAGACCACAACCUGCUCGUGUGCGUAUGACGCGACACGGACGGACGCACGGGGAUUGAGGGAAGCGACUGGGCGUAAGGAGGCGCGCGCCUGCGCUGUCUUGUGCACUCCGCUGCCACGUGACUGACGUGAGGAACCGAGCAAACGGGCAAGGCGACCAAGCGUCACGGCUGCAAGCAGUGAGGGCUGCAAGCCUGGCACGCCAUCGUCCACACCA